AUGUUACUCAAGUCAGCUGCUCCAAAAUUCCUAUGGAAUGAAGCAUUGGCGUACGCAUGCUACUUGAAGAAUCAAGUACCUAUGCAAGUGCAUGGUACAUUCUGGAAAACACUGUUUGAGGCAUUCUGGGGACAAAAGCCCAACGUUAGCAUCCUGCAACCUUGGGGUACCAAAUGCUAUGUACUUGAUCAAGGUGAAAAUCAAUCAAAAUUGGACUCCAAGACCUUCAUGGCAACAUUUGUAGGUAUCUCUGAUGUACAAGGCAAGAGUUGGCAUUACUACAAAACCAGAGCAAAUUGGAUAUUGCACUCAUGCAAUAUCUUGUUCCCAAAGGACCAUGCAGCAAUUGAAGAUGUUGCAGAUAACACCAAUUGGGGAGAAUUGGUUGCUCCGCCUGCUGAGGGGGAGAUGACUCAAACCAACAGCGCUGCAGAACAACCAACCAAACCUACUGGAACAGGGGGAGCACAUGUAUUGGAACCCCUAUUUCCGCCAGCCUCCCCUGAGCUUGGCAAAGUCAGUCUUGAGCGGGUCAUCCACCUACUCUGGGGACUUCAAUCCCAAGUCAACUGCAUCAAGCGGACCCUCUUGGAACAAGUUGAAAUUAGCCAAGAGGUUUGCACCAACGUCAAAAACAUCUCCCAAGCGGUCGAUGUUGUCAAGGAUGGGCUUGCCCAGCUCCAGCUCCCCCAGGGUCCCCACACCCCAGAAGAUCAAAAACCUCCCGCGGUCAAGGAAACUCCCAGGGCCGUGCCCAAAGUCAAGCCUAUUGGCAAGACUCAACCAUUCCUUGGGGCCCCAGCCCCUAUCAUCCCCACAGGGGCCCCCAAGUGCAACCCCCUCACCUUUUUUAAUCCAUAUCCCUCCUCGUCUUUCCCUUCAGGACCGGCUCCAGCAGCCCCCCAAGGACCUCCGCCAGCGCCUGUCAUUACCCCGGCGUUGCCUCCAGCCCCCUCCACUGUAAAGGUGGAUCACCCAGAUGCCUUCAAAGGCAAGAUUGGCUUGGAGGCCAAACAAUGGUUAACUCGUAUGUUAGCCUGGGUCCGCCUCAAUCAGAGGCAGUUCCCCUCGGACUUGGAGGUCCUUAGCUUCCUUCUCAUGAACAUGGAAGAAGCGGCUGGGGCCUGGGCCCAUCCCCACCUGGACCAACUAGGGUCCCAUUGCGCACUCAUCCAGACCGUGGAUGAAUUCAAAAACAAGUUCCUGGCCGCCUUUGGCAACCCUGAUGCAACCAGAGCAGCGGAGCAGAAGAUUACUUCCCUCACACAAACCGGCACCUGUGCCAAAUACAUCACCAAGUUCUGCACGCUGCAGAUGGAACUCAACUGGAACAACGCCGCACUCUGCGGCCAGUUUGCGCAAGGACUUCACUGGGAGGUCCGGAAACAGAUUGCCACUAGGGAAAGGCAACCACGCACCCUGAGGGAAUUGCAAGACACAUCCCUCAUCAUUGACAACGCCCUCCGUGAGGAACGCGCCAGCCACCCGCAGCAGGGUAAUAAGUCUGGCAAAUCCUCCACUACCCCCAACCGGGGGCAAGUACCAGCCAACAGGCCACCAGAACCGGCCCCCUCUCUUCCAAUCCCAACUACGUCUCAGAGGAAGAACGCAACCGCCGCCGCGCAGAAGGUCUUUGCAACCGGCUGGAAGGCUACCCCAAAGGAGGAUAAGGGGAAGGCCAAGGAAACCGCCAAAAUUGGCAAAGACUCUGAGUACCAAUCGGGAAAAGAAAUCUCCCCCCUUUUUACAAUUUCAAUAAAACCCAAGAAACAAGCGGAUCCACUAGAAGUCCUGAUAGAUUCAGGCGCUACAUCCUCAUUCCUCCACCCACAAACCGCCAAGGCGUUACACCUACCCCUAAUAGAUCUCCCUUCACCCCGUACUGUUACCAUGCUCAAUGGGUUGAGCCCCCAGGCUGGCAAAAUCUGGAAAAAGGCCGUCCUUACCUUCUCCUUUGAUGGCAAACGUAUGACCAAGACCUUCCUAAUCUGCAACACAGGGUCUCAUGCUGCCAUCUUAGGAUUGAAAUGGUUAGACGCCCAUAAUCCGGAAAUUGAUUGGAACCUGCGCCACAGACCAUGCUACCGGAUCCUAACAAGUCAAAAGCCCCACCGUCCAUCAAAAGAGCCUUCAAAGAUUACCAAAUGGAGGCAGGCCUACUCUUCUAUCAAGGACGCAUUGUGGUUCCAGAUGUAG